AUGUUAGCAAGUAUGGCAAACGCAAGUUUACUCGGAUUUCUGGGUAUUUCACUAGAAGAGCAUCAACCAACAAUUUGGUGCCGCUGGCGUGGCUUUUUUAUCCAUGGUUUUCUCUGUGCGCUUUAUGAUUCGUACAUUUUACAAGCUGCGUAUCGUCUUUGUCGAGUUGUGUUUUACCGUCGUAAACAUUUACAUAGUUUCCCCUUGUAUCUACUUCUUGUACCUAUUGAAUCGAUCUUUGGUAUUGUAUGUAUAUCACCUGUCCUUGUGCGUAAUGAUGUUAUUUAUCUUUCAAGUGAAUUCUAUUGUCAAACGCCGUUUACGAAUAUCCCGGCGAUUGGCUAUGUUGCCAUUCGAUUGUUUUUUCUCCCACUUCUAUUCAUCGCUUCAUUUUAUAUAUUUCUACUCAGACAUAUUCGAAACAUGACGUCAUCGCCAGCAAUGACCGGAUAUUAUCGACGGCGUGCGAAACAAAAUACUCGCGACUUGAUUGUUAUUCGACGAUUGUUGUUAAUGUUAGGCGUGUUAAUUCUUCUUGGUUUACCAUCGAUGGUUUUCUUAGGUAUUUUUCUAUUUACAGGGCAUCUCGUUCCUGUUACAUAUCGAAUCGGAUGGCUAUCUGUUUCUAUAUCGCUUGUUUUUCUUGCUUAUAUGAUCAUUCAAUUGACAAAUCCACUACGAAAAACCGUCCGACGAAUCUUUCAACGAAGUCCUGCUAGUCCAAAUCGCAGUAAAUCAUCUCGAGAACAUCAACAGCAAGCGAGUAGUGUGUAA